AUGAGUGGAUCCUUUGAUAAGAAGAUCACCAGUAUUUUGACGGACAUCUCCAGCUCCCUGAGUUGCCAUGUGGCCACCAAGGACUCCCCUACGCUCCCCGAGUCGUCCAUCACGGAUCUGGGCUACUACAGCACCCCACAUAACCAGCACGAGUAUUAUCCCAGCCAAACGUACACCCAGCCGAUGAACCAUUAUGCGUACCACCCCCAAUUUAACCUCAAUGGGAUUGGGGGUGCUGGGACGUACUCCCCGAAAUCUGAUUACCCCUACAGCACUUCCUACAGGCCGUAUGGAUCUUUCCGGGAUCAGCCAUUGCCCAGUCAAGAAACAGGUAAGGAGAAUAUUUAUGUUCCCGGCGAGCGAAGUCAAGGGUAUGAGAAGCUGUGUGUGUGUGUGUGUGUGUGUGUGUGUGUGUGUGUGUGUUAGUGACACUAUUGAGAAAGGGGAGUUUUAGGGUUCAGGGAGGUUAAGACCUUCCUAGAAAGUGGAAUCACUUUCCCCCCAUUCUCUUGGAAAAUAUUCUUACUUAUAGAAGAGAAGGAGGAUAUACUUUGGUAAUAUCUUCUGAGAAAGGUAUUACAACUGAACAGGAAAACUGGACACGGGGAACGUCUCUUUUGCUCUGUCACACUAGACAACAAGUACACUUUCUGGAGGGGUCCAGUACCCCCACUGAACCAGAAUCUUGAACUUCUAGGAUGAGGCUAAAUCAGUGCCCUCGAUCCACAAACAUUCACUUCAGGGCUUGCUGCUGUUAGACGUUUCUGCAUCUCUUGAACCAGAUUGCUAGUCCCGUCCAUAAAGUUAUCCUGCAAUAUUAAAAGACUGAAACAGUGUUUCCAGUUCUGUGAUCCCUUUCAGAAGCACAACUCUGGCCACUGGCAAGUUAGAGGCAACAACAGCGUAGCCAAGGGGGCUACUGCCCCAUCCUUUCCCUCCUUAUUCCCUUGCCAUUUGCCACAUUCAGACUCUGCCAUAAAAGAUGUAAUAUGAAGAAUUCAUUGCAGGCUUUAUUCUGGCAUGAAAUAGCAAAGCCACUGAUGGAGGUCUUCGGGUUCUACAACGUUUUUCCCUGGUCAAAGGGGGAUUAAGAGCGGUGGUGGACUAUCUUCUCUCACUUUGAGAAAGAGGGGAGAAAAAUAUCUGAAGGCGGCUUUUCCAUCCUAGAUCUAUUUCUUCAGUGUACUUAAGAGAAACAAGUUUAGGAAUACCCAACAGUAUAACUUCAUAACCCAGUCUACAUAAAAAAUUAUUAUGAACUGGUCCGUGACUUUUGAUUGCUGUCUGUUCUUAUGUAAACUACAAGUGACUUUGACAACAAUAUCACAAUAGCUUCUUUUGUUCAAGUGAGGGUUUGAUAUUUUGUACAUCCCCCUCCCCCGCUGAUUCUGUGAUUUUCUGAAGGCAAAAAGAAUAUUCCCCCCCCCCAACACGAACACUUAAAAAAUAAACACCACUAUUUUGUCCUGUGACCGUCUCUCCCAAGUUUAUACAUAUUUAUUUUCUGUGAGUGCACGAACAGGUGUGCAGAAUUUGCUGGGCUUCUCUCACCUCCUCUCCAAAACUUUUUAUUUGAGAUACUUUGCAACUUAUGAUUGGAAGAGGAGAGACAUUUGAUCUGGUAUUACUGAUUAAAACGUAGGAAAUAAAGUGGAAAGUUUAAAAAGCAAAAGAUGCCAGCAAGAAAGCAAUAUGUUUCUUUUAUUAAAAAUAAAAAUAAAUAAAAAUAAAAGCUCCAUGGAAAAGCUCCAAGUCCAUGGGUUUAGGAUGGAGGUGUGUAAAGGUGAGAAAAGUCUUCCUCUGUCAACAAAAAUGAGCAUGCCGAUUUUCUAAGUGAAGCAGGCUAGAGAUGCUGGCCGGCCGUUUGAGGCCUAAUUCACGCCCUCACUCCCCACAAAUAUUUCAGGAAGGGAACAUGGGGGCUGUGUGGUUCCGACUGUCCCCACGUAACCGGACAAUGCUUCCUGCCAGGGAGAAAAAAUAUCCAUGGAUACACGAGUGAGACUGAGAAAUAGAGACAGUUUUAGAAAGGCAAACUGGGAAGGACAUGGAGGAGGAGGCAGGUUUUGCGAGCCAGGAGGUUUGAAGCAGAGCAAAGCCGGCUAGGCCAAAGUCCAGCCAUGUUCAGCCCUGGAAAUGCUAAAAACAUCAGGUGAAAAAGUGAAGAAACUGAGACGAGAACAGAGGGAGAAAGGGAAAUCUGAAUACAGAAACCCAGGCAGCGAUCAAAUCACCGGAGUCGAGCCAAGCGAAGGAAAAAUUGAAAACGAGAAAAAUAUCGGGCAAGGGAAAAGAAAAGUGCUAAAACCAUGGGAAGUUCGAUUAUUUUCUGAAAUCUUAUCAGUGCAAUCUCUUCCGCUUCCACUGAAUAGGAUGGUACAGACUCCCAGAAGACUGGGCAGGAGAAGGGUCUUUUCCAAUAUUUGUGGGUAAAGUUGAUUCUGUCUCAAGACAAUAAAGCAACAGUUGGCUCGAAGCAACCUCUGCGGUACAGACUCCAGAGAGGGGAAUUGACUGGUUCAAACCAAGUGUACAAUAUGCCGUACCCAGUGCCAGACCUGCUCAGAGUAAGCCCAUUGAAAUGAAUUGACAGGGCGAAAUUGGAAUGCAUGAUUCCUAUGGGUCGACUUUGAGUGAAACUCAGGUUGGAUGCAACCCUAUAUCUUUGCUUCCCAUAGCAUGCUCCAGAUACCCCAUUUAAACCACACAUCGUUUCCCGAUCUAGCCCUAAAAGAUGGAGAUUACAAAGUUUUGUUGACUGAGAAAUGGGUAGGGUUGGGGGGAAUGGAUGAUGGAGGUACCAUGCCUAUGGGGGCAUUAUAUGUAUCAGGCCACAUAGGGUUGUGUGAUGGGUCUUUGACAUCAGAGGUUGGUUUUCUAAUUUUCAUGUUUUCUGCACCUCUGGGAACCAGUGGAGGGGGGUUAGAUGCUUUCGUGGUGUGCAGAAGUCGGGCGGGUUCUUGGGGGCAAAUUAAGAGUUUUGGGGAGCAGCCCAGCAAAAUAAAAUAGUCUCCAGAGGAGAUCACAGUUAUCCUGCCCUUCUGUUGAGCCGCCAUUCUCAAAGGGCUGAUCUUUGCCGUCCUAGAGAAAUGCACGUUGUUCUCUGCAGCCAAGCUUUCAUUCAUUCUCUUUUCCAGCAGAGACCGAGAACUUGGACCGUCCUGCGGAAAGGCAGCUUGCCGCUCCAAAUGUAUAAAAAGCAAACUCCUUUCCCGCAACUCCUUUUCCAGUUCCGAUCCAGCAACUCGCUGUGGUUUUAUUUAUUUUUGUGCUCUGAUGCAGUUCUUCCUCUGCCUUCCCCCCCUCUGCCCUUUUCUGCAGUCUCAGUGAAGGAAGAACCCGAGCCAGAAGUGCGGAUGGUCAACGGGAAGCCCAAAAAGAUCCGAAAGCCGCGCACGAUCUACUCGAGUUACCAGCUGGCUGCCUUGCAGAGGAGAUUCCAAAAGGCGCAGUACCUGGCGCUGCCAGAGAGGGCAGAGUUGGCCGCGCAACUUGGACUGACCCAGACUCAGGUAGAAACAAGCACACAUUGGAAAAAAGAACAUCCUGGUCUGUUUAGCUUUCCGACUCUGUUUAGGGAAACGGGAGCGUGAGAGGGACAUGUGCGUGGAACUCCAGCAAAAUCUCAGGAAGUUGCUGGAUUUAAGUGGCCCUAGAUGGUUGGGAGAUCCCCAGCAGGAGUUUCACAGCUCUUGAAUAAAAUACCUUAGGACAGUAAGAGAAAAAGUAGUUUCAGGUGUUUGGAUGUUUGAUCUUUCUUCUCGGUUUCCCAAUUGCUUUGGGACUUCCAGCUGCUGAAAUCCCAAUCCAUUACAGUGGUACCUCGGGUUAAGUACUUAAUUCGUUCCAGAGGUCCGUUCUUAACCUGAAACUGUUCUUAACCUGAAGCAGCACUUUAGCUAAUGGGGCCUCCCGCUGCUGCUGCGCCGCUGGAGCACGAUUUCUGUUCUCAUCCUGAAGCAAAGUACCAAUACUGGGUUAGCGGAGUCUGUAACCUGAAGCGUAUGUAACCCGAGGUACCACUGUACUACAGAAGUGGAGUCCUGCAGCUGAAAAUCUGAUGAUACGUGUCAAAUACUUACGUGAAAUUAAGCCCCCCUGGCUGUAGUUUCCUUCACCCCUCCCCACUCCUCUAGGCACUGAGUGCAAGUUCCCCCUUAACUGCCGCUUUGACCUCAUUUUCCUCAGCUCCUCCAGUUCCUAGCCAUUUGUGAGGGUGUUUUGUUUUGGGGUGUGUGUGUGUGUUUUAACCCACACAGCCAAUAUUUCACUUCUCUCUCUUGGCAAGCUGUGCGGAAUGCCAGCAUUCCACACUUUUCAACCUCUGCAGUUAGAAUGUUUUUGCGCAUUCCGUGUCAUCGCAGCAAAAAGUUUUGGGAUGGAGGGGAUAGCAGAGAAGAGCUGUCUGGGUUUUUAUGCCACUGCUCAAGGCGACAUAUGUCGGUGUCUCUUUGAUGAGAGCAGUAGCUCUGAUAACAUGGGGAUCAUGUGUUGGCAUCAGCUUAGAUGAUAUUGACAGGUUUGGAGUAAUGGGCUGCAGCACGGAAGGGAAAGAGUCAAGUCUCCAUCGUUCCUCUGCUGUCUCAGGCCUACUCAUUCGUCUCUGGCUGGGGCUCAGUGAUCCAGAGCGGAAUGCUGACUGCCCUGAGAGGCGGCGGCGGCAGGAAACACGUAGGUGUGGCGAUGCAACUCCUGUGUUUUGGCAGAGUCCCUUUCUUCCUCCUGAGGCCAAGGGAGGCUCAGCUGAGAGGUGCUGAUGGGUAACUGCGAGGAGGAAGUUGGCCAAGUUGGGAAAACAACUCCUUGGUAGCCUCUGGAGGAGGUGUGGGGAACUUGUGGCAAUUCGGGUGUUGCUGGACUCGCAGUUCCCAGCAGCCCAAGCCAGCACAACCAAUGGGCAGGGAUGAUGGGGCUUGUUAGUUCUGAAACAUCUGGAAAGCCACAGGUCCCCCACAUCUGCUGAACACAAGCAGCUGGUGGACCAACUAGCGACUGCAUAUCUGGGUUGACAGUUGGAUGGCAGAAGGCACUAUGUCCCAAGUAGGAUGGCUUGCAUGUGUCUUUUGUGUACUGUUGUUUAAGACACAAAAUAUUUGCCUCUCGUGCUCCUCCACACAAACAGCAUACCCUCCAAUAUUUCUCUGAUGGAAAUAGGGGUGUCCUAUCACAUACCCUCCGACAUUUCUCCAGUGAAAAUAGGGGCAUCUUAUUCCAUACCCUCCAACAUUUCUCCGAUGAAAAUAUGGACAUUCUAAGGGGAAAGCGGAACAUUCUGGGAUCAAAUCAGAAACUGGGACGGCUUUCGUAAAUCCGGGACUGUCCCUGGAAAAUGGGGACACUUGGAGGGUCUGGUCAGACUCGUAAGCUGCCUCGUUGUUAUUCCCAUUUUACAGGAUUGAGGGAGGAGGGAGCUAAGGUUAAGAAAGAGCAACUCCCGCAAGGCUGCUCCAAGUGUGACUGAGCUGAGGAUGGAUCUACCAGAUCCCAAGCUAUCUAGUAGUAGGCCACGGGAACAGCUGGGCAGAUCUUUUUCAAGGCAAACUCUCCUUGGGUAACAAAAAAAAACUGAAAGAAAGGAAGGGAGAAAUGGGUGGCUACAUUAUAUUGAAGCAUCUGAUUUCCUCCAUUUGAGCUAUGUCCCCCCCCCCUUUUUUUUUACUGCCACUCUGCACAAUUACUUCGGCCCUAGCAAAACAUGCGUUGUGGGUCAGGCUGCAGGGCUGGAGCCUUGGGCAGCAAUCCUGACCUCACUUACUCCUGAGUAGACAUCCUUGGGAUUGCAUUCUUAACCUGGGAAUCAGUCCCAUCGAAUCCAGCAGGACUUAACUUACAUGAAUAGGGUCAGGCUGUGAAUAUUUCUCCUUUUCUUGGAUUUUUGCCCAUACGGUUUAAAGCACUGGGAAGGUGUGUGUGCCUGUAUGUCAUUUUUUUUAGACUGCCGAUAACCAUCUGUUUCCUUGGGCAAAUGGUGGUUGCAGCUUUCAAGGGGGAGGGAGGACAAAAAAGGGGGGGAAAGACUUUUGAAGCGUCUAAAGCAGAUGAAAAAAGCCCAACACUAACUGGUUUCAAUCCUACACAUGCUUACCGGGGAGGAAAGGGCAUUUGAACUCAGCCCAGACUUCUUUCUUAGAAAACCUGUGUAGGGUUGCUCUGUAAGCCCCACUGAACAGAGGGAGAUGUCCAUCAAAAGGAUUUGUACUGUCAGUUGAAAUCUCAGCUAAUCGUCAUCUGUGGAGGACCAAAGCAGAGGUCGCAUUUCCUGCAGUGUUAACUGCAGCAGUGUGUGUGUGUUUGUGUGUGUGUGUGUGUCUCAAAUCAAAUACAGAAACUUUAUGAUACCUCUGUCUUUUGUUUUUGGCAGUGGAAUGGGGAUAGUAUUUUGAUCAGGAAAAUAGUGCUCUCGAAAGGCUUAACCUCCCGUGCUGUGCCAUAAUUUCAGUUCUAAUCGGCGAAGGUUGCUUGCUAUAAAGAUUUUCUUUUAGAUGUAGACAGUCCUAUUUCCGGUUCCCCAAGUGAUAUCUGAGUUGCCUUUGUAGGGCUAUCCCCGUCCUCCGAUUCUUCUGGAUGAAUUUGGCAAGUUUCCUGAGCAACGGAAGCUUCUCCGCCUGUCUUUGCUUUUUGGAAGCCAAAAAGUCUCUGGGUGCUUCCAGAAGCUUGCUAUUUUUGGGUGGGAUUCAAUCACAAGUACCAGCCGGUUUAGGUUGCACAAUUAUAGUUGGCUGGGAAGUCUUGAGCAACAAGCCUGCCCCCCCUCCCUAAAUUGGACUCUUUGCGAUACGCGAUGGGAAAUUGUGCUGCGAAGUGUGGGGUAACAUUUGCUUUGCUUUGAUGCAGCAGCAGCAUCUGACCUCCCUGCAAGCAAAUCAGCAUGAAUCUGCAAUAAAAUAAAUCUGCUUUUUAAGGCAGGUAUGGCAAGUAGCGGGAUUAGGCCAUCUGUCUCUUAGGCAUGACAGGAGGCCAGGUUGUACCAUCUAAAGGACUUUUGAUGCCCCUUCUUAGCCUUUAAUGUGACUUUUAAGGAGCUUGGAUGGGAACAGUAAUGGAGAGUUGGUAAGGAUACUAUGGGGUUUGGCUUCAAUAGCAUUUGGGUUCCUUCUGAUACAAUGAUGCAGAAUACUGAAUAAAGCAAGAUUGGCAAGUACUGCUUCACAACAUUUGGGAGAUGAAAUCAGUGCAGGGACAUGUUUGCCUAGAUGUCAGGGUUUAACUGUACAAUUCUGGCUUCUUCUUCUUUUUUUUUUUAAAUGAUAUUUAUUAAAGUUUCAAAAAAUAGAAGAAAUACAAAAUACAGAAAAAAAGAGUAAUUUUUUUUAAAAUAUAACAAAAAAAUUAAAGGAUAAAAAAGAAACAUACAAAAUAAAACAGUUAAAAAGACAUUAAUUUUCCAAACCUAUCUUCUCUAGACUUAUUUCCCCGGACCUCCUCAUACCUCCCUUUUCUGUAUUCCAGUUCAGUUUGUUAGUUCAGCAAAUCCUUACCAUUAAACUUUUGCCCAAUUGUAAACCUUUUUUCAUAUCUCUUAAAGCAUUACAGCUAAAAAGCUCUUAGUUUCUAUCCAACAUCCUUCUAAGAUUCCUUAAUUUUACAAUAUUUCUGUAAAUAGUCUUUAAAUUUCUUCCAGUCUUCUUUCACCGACUCUUCUCCCUGGUCUCGGAUUCUGCCAGUCAUUUCCGCCAGUGUACAAUUCUGGCUUCUUGUUCGAUUUUCCCAGGAUAAAACUCAACAGAAAGGUUUUAAGUUGGGCCAAGGCUCACUGGAACCUGUUGUCAUUAGGACCAGACUGCCUUUAAGCAUGUGCAGAGUGCCUUCCUUUCACCACUCACUUUCCCACUAGCGUCUCUUCAUAUACCUGGAAGGGGUUUCGUGUCAGAGUUCUGGAUUCGAACUCUGCCCGUGAAAUUAAUUGCUGUCUGGAAAUCAGAAACAGGCCCGGUGGCAUUUAGCCGCAUCGAAACCUAAGUUAAAACCCCAAAGCUGGAAGAUUGCCUAAACUUAGCUCUCUGGCCUUAUCUGGUAGACAUUUUAUUGCAAGUAAAACUCAGUCGGUUAUUCCUGUGAAACUUAACCAUGCAAAUCUACAUGAGAAGGAUGUUUUGCUGUGUUCCGUGGGCCUCACUCCCAGCCAGUAAAGGCCCAUCCAUUCCUCAGCUUAGUGUGGAUUGCAAAGCCCGCCUAAACCCAUUGAGCUCAAUGGGUCUUACUUCUGAGUAGGCAAUAUAGCUGGGUGCCCAGAUGUAAAAAAAGGGGGGGCAGGGCUCUUGCGCCUUUAAUUGUUGUGCAGAAGAGGGAAUUUCAGCAGGUGUAGCUUGGUAUGCAAAAUCCAGCUGCUGAAAUUCCUCCUUCAACGCCACUAUUAAAAAUGCAGGGGUUGCAUCAUGAUGUACAGUCUGCAGAUAACCACAGACCUACUUUCAGGUAAACGCUUAGGAGUGAUCCUUUGGAUUGUUUAGAAGAUGGAUGGAUUGCCUGCCCUUUAAAGCACAUGGAGAUAAAAGUUUUACGUAUUGCAAAGUUGCAGAACUGCCCACAGAAGGCUCAUAUCAUUGUUCAGCUUUCGCUCUCUCGCUCUCAUAUAUAUAUAUAUAUAUAUAUAUAUAUAUAUAUAUAUAUAUUCUAUAGCAAACUGCCUGGAAACUUUGCUAGGCCCUCUCCAGUAGGACGUCCGACGCCAGAAGCAAUUUGACCCAAUUACUCCAGCUGCAAUUUGGGGAGGCAGAGGCAUGAGGACAUAAUAGCAGUCAUGCAACUUCCGCUGUUUACGCCAAGCUCUGGCUGGAAGGCGGCGGCUAUCGAGGCAAGGAGGAGCAGGGUGACUUGAAGAGUCGCUGACCUCUUAUCUGGUGCAACCACAGAGAUGGGUUUGGAGCAGUCCUUCUCGUCUCCCGCGCCAAUCAAGGCUCAGAAUCGGAAUCUUUCCAAGCCCAGGGUUCCGUUUCGGAACUUGUAUAGUAAAGAUCAGGCAUAGGCAAACUCCGGCCCUCCAGAUGUUUUGGAACUACAAUUCCCAUCAUCCCUAGCUAACUGGACCAGCGGUCAGGGAUGAUGGGAAUUGUAGUCUCAAAACAUCUGGAGGGGCGGAGUUUGCCUAUGCCUGGUAAAAGAUAAAGGCAUGGCAUCAUAGAGUUGUGCAGAGGUGGCUAACUCCCAAGAGACUGCGAUCUACUUACAGAAUUAAAAACUGGCAGUGAUCUACCCCCCUUUUUUGGGGGGGGUUGUUCAGGUCAAAAUUGUUGAGCUUUUUUUUAUGGAGGAGCCCUUUUUUUUAAGGGGUUUGAGGGGGAAAGAGGAAACAACAACAAAUCGCUGGGGAAACAAACAGCCUCACUGAGUAAACUCCAUCUUGCGACUCCAUGUUGCAGAUAUUGCAACAGUGGAGGACAGGGCAAGGGGGUAGGGCAGGGUUCGAUUUUACCAGCACUAAGGAAAGGGACCCAGCGAUUGACUGUGAUCUACCAAAACCUCCCAGGAUCACGAUUGACCUGUUGGACAUCCCUGGUCUAUCUGAUCCAGCUCCUUGCUUGGUGAUGUGUAUCGCCUGCUCAGAUCUAGAGCGUCUCCACUGAUGGCUUUCUAAAAAGCCUCUGCAAAAAGAUCUCUAGCAGAAAACCUGCACCAGACAUGUGAAGAAUUGUAGCCCCCAAAGAAUUGUAGCUCAGCGAGGGGUAAACUACAGUUCCCAUGAUCCUUUUUUUUGGGGGGGUGCUUUGUUGAAGACGUGUGGUUGCUCACAAAUGCUCUCACAUGCAAUUGGAGAUUGCGCUCAGCUCUUCUUCCCAGCAUAACCUGCUUCUCAAAGGUUUUCCCUGGGUGGUGAUGGAAAGGACAGGAUCCAGCUAACCUUGAAAAGCAUCCGCAAGACCAGUUUGCCCAUUCUUACAAUUAGCUGUGCUAAAAUAGCUCAGCAAAAAGCAAAGAUUCAAAGGAUUCUUCACCUCAUAAAAUCUUACGUGGGCAGGAUCCCACCCCUCACCCCCUGUCACACAUACAGAUGGUUCCCUAGGAUUGAAAGCAAGUAUUUAUUUUGUGGGAGAGACGAGCUUGGCUGAGCUGAAAUUGAAUUUCCUCAUGAAUUUAAGCAGGUGAAGUUUUUGUUUUAUUUUACUACAGGAUCUAAAAUCUUGAGACUGAAAAAUGUUAGGGACAUAGUGUUAAUUCGUCUUCUUCAACAGGAUAAACUUCCUUGAGGAAGAAGUGUAAUUGGAACAACAUGUAUAAUUAGAAAUGUGGUAUAAAAAAAUAAUUUAAAAUUGUGAGAAUAGUAUAAACCAGAGGUGGUUCACCAGAUGUUGUCGAGCUACAACUCACAUCAUGCCAAAGUCCUGGUCAGGCCAGCUGGGGCUGAUGGGUACUGGAGUCCAACAACAUCUUCAGGGUAAUAAUUUCCCCACCCUUGAUUGAUAUACAAUAUAUAAAUCAGAUUUGUGUUUGGCUUUAUGAUGAUUUAAAAAAUUCUCUGUAUGGUUUAAGCAGAGAUUGGAUGGUCGUCUGUCAUGGAUGUUUAGUGGAGAUUCCUGCGUUGCAGGGUGUUGGACAAGAUGACUUGAUUUAUUUUAAUCUACACUGCUUUAACUUUACCUAAGCGGUAUAUAAAGGCCUUAAAUAAGUAAAUAAAAAUAUUCUCCCAACUCCAUCCCAUUCAAGUGCAUUACCAGUUACAGCUGCUGUUCCACACCCUAGCCCUGACAUUUUGACUCUUAAGAUCUUAGUUCCUUCAAAAUCUUUUUUUUUUUUAAAGAAAACUUUCGUCUUUAAAUUCACGAGCAUCAAUGCCGAAUUCCGGACGGCCAUCUUGGUUUCCUUCGCUUCAUCCCUCCCACCUUCGGACACGAAGCCUUGAAUGUUUAUUUCCUCCUCACUUAGACUAUCCCUGUUAAGCAGGUCAGUCAGGGAGAAGAAGCAAAGAUGGAACGCAAGGUUGGCCAAGCACUUUGAUGACAGCAAAGCUUCUCCCUCUGCUCCCUCUCUUUUAAAAGGUCGGCCUUCUUAAUUGCCGCGAUCUAAAUAAGGCAGCAAGCUGGCGUGCUUCUGGGCUGCCUGAUACUGCCAAGAACGAUGCGGCGAUAUAGCACGCUCAUGGCCACCUGAGAACGCUCACCCUUGCCCCCAGCAAAAUGUUCUCAGGGUGCAUGUUGUGGGUGGGGUGACACUGACACAGCCUCAUGGUGGUCAGGUGACUCCCCGGGGUCACACAUUGGUUAGUGACCCCCUUUCCCCCCUAAUUUGGUGCAGCGUAGCACUUGGCUCACUCCCCUGAGUCGCCUGGAGCUUUUUGCCAUGUGAUCAUCGAGACAGGAAUUUUCCCCAAGGUCCUGUUGGCUAGGCUGGUGUUUAUUUGUCUCCUGCAGGAGGGCGCUUGGCUUGGCUCGCUUGCCUGAGUCACCUGAAACUCCUUGCUUAGAAUGUACCUGUUGUUUGCUCAAGAGACACACUGGGUGGCCAAGUUGGGAUGAGCUUGGAGGCUUCUACAAGGUCCCUUGCCGUUCCAUGAUCAUAAAUUAUUCCACAUCAUUACUAAGGCUGCAUAUGCACUAUACAUUUAAAGCACCCCCCCACAAGAAUCCUUGGAACUGUAAUUAAGGGGGCUGAUAAACUACAGUUCCCAUUAUUCUUUAGGGCAGGGGUGCCCAAACUUUUUUUUUAAAGGGCCAGAUUUGAUGAAGUGAACAUGCGUGGGGGCCGGCCGAAGUUCUUGAGCUUUUUUUAGGAUUGUACCCCAAAGUUUUUGAGCUUUUCUUAGGAUUUGACCCCAAUAAAUAAGGCCCACAAGGCGGACUCCUGCUUUAGGGGGUUGGAAAUGUGCUUUAAAUAUAUGGUGUGUAGGUCAGGGGAACCUGUGGCCCUCCAGUUGUUGUUGGACUAGCUCAGUUGGUUACAGGGUGGUGCUGAUAACGCCAAGGUUGCAGGUUCGAUCCCUGCAUUCCUGCACCACAAGGGGUUGGACCAGAUCAAUCAAUCAGUUUUAUUGUUUGUAGCCAAUACAGUCAAACCUCGGUUUUCAAUCGUCUCUGUUGCUGAACGUUUCGGCUCCCAGAUGUCAAAAACCCAGAAGUAAGUUUUACGUUUUUUGGAAGCUGAACAUCCGACGUGGCAGACAAGCAGCUUCUAAUUGGCUCUUCUGAUUGUAAGAGCCAAUCAGAAGCUGCGCCUCAGAAAUCGAACGUUUUGGAUGUCGAACAUUCUUCCAGAACAGAUUACAUUCGACUUCUGAGGUACCACUGUACAAUAGGAGCACAAAUAACACAACUGCAAAACAAAAAAACCUUGGACCAGAUGAGCCUCAAACUCUAUGGUACUAUAAUCCUAUAACUCCUAUUGUUUAUUUCAUUUCAUGAAAUUUAUACACUGCUUCCUGGUAAAAAGCAUCAAAGUGGUUUAUGCAAAGGUAAAACAAUAAAAUCGAGGGGCGGAACACAACCCUACUUUAAAGCAUUCAAAAGUUAAAAUACUAAAACAGAUCAAAAUUACCCCAACUUUCGAAGCAUCUGUGUAGACACGUCUAAACAAGAAUUUCUUUAUGAAUGACUUUAUGAAUGAAAAGAUGAUAGUGAAGGCACCUGCUUAAUGUCAACAGGAGGGAGUUCCAAAGUUCACCUGGGAUGGGAAUUGGAGUCUAUUGGCAUCCAGAGGGCUGGAGGUUCACCCUGUAAUAGAUAUCUCACCAAAUGAGCUCUGUAACUGAAAGCCCAGGAUCGCUUCCCCAAAAUGAAUGCAUCCGUUCUUCUUGUUUUGCUCGAGAUGUCACUAGGAUUUAUAGGUUGGGUGUUUCUGACCUCCUUACGAGGCUGAACAGUGUUUGUUGUCCAAAAGUGUGCAGAGGCUGGGAGAGGACCUGAUGGGUGUGCUUGAUCAUUUUAGGAAGCUUUUCAGAGCUAAGAUGCUCUGAAAUGAAGAAGGUGCCAUCAUCGAUAGAUUUACAGUGCUUCCAGACAGGAGGCUUAAUUUGCAAAUGUGACACUGAGAUAACAGGUUGUUGGCAACAGUCUUCUUCUUCUUCUUCUUCUUCUUCUUCUUCUCCUCCUCCUCCUCCUCCUCCUCCUCCUCCUUCUCCUUCUUUUUCUCCUUCUCCUUCUCUUUCUCUUUCUCUUUCCCUUUCUCUUUCUCCUUCUUCUUCUUCUCCUUCUUCUAAAAACCUGAAUGGAUUCCCCCCCCCCAAGAGCAAAUCCGGUCCAAAUUGGCCGGGGGCGGGGGCGGGGAAUACAGGCUGACAUUUUGAUGCUAAUGAUGUUGAGUGAACCCUGCAAAAAUAAAAAACUUUCACACACGAGGAGCACCCGUCCUAAACACAACUGUUCUGAACUGUUUUUAGUGGGACCUCUUCAAAGGCUUGGUUUUCUCUCUCUCUCUCUCUCUCACACACACACACACACACACCAGCCCCAAUUGAUUUUUCUUUGGACAUGAGGGGGAGCUGUUUCUUUAAUCUUGGUUGAUUUUGGAAAUGCCUCUUUGGAUUUGGAAAUCGAGCUGAUCUGUCAGGCAGCCACGCCAUAAAGGGUACAGCUCCCCCCGCAAGAAUUCUGGGGGCUGUAGUUUACUUCGCACAGAGCUGUAGCACCCUUGGCAAACUACAAUUCCCAGGAUUCCUUUAGGGGAAAGGGUGUGUGUUGUGGACAUGACCCUGGUGCUUUUCUUUCUGCUUCUGUCUUGGCAUCUCCUUUUCUCCGAAAAGAGCGUAGUGACUUCUUUUUCACUUUGCUCCUUCCUUGUUGGUCCUGGACCACUAACAGUUCAGUCCUAGACAUCUGCAGUCAGAUGGAAGUCCCAAAAUUACUUCCCACUGUAUAUAGGACUGCUGCCUAUUUUGGAAUACUAUUAAGGGGUCACGAUUUGCAGUAGUGCCCUAGCUUCUCAUUCAUUUCAGCGGAGCUCGCAGGGAGAAUGUGCUGGUGGAUUGGGCCCUUUGGCCUUUGGAAAGGGCCUUUCCCAUUGUGUGUGUGUUCCUUAAUUACAGCCAGCUUGCACAGACUCUAAUACGUAAUUUCCCCUUGCCCUCUAAUGCAACCACACGCUGUGAGAACUUUGGCUGACUUCAGGUAACGUGCUCAGUCCUUCGUGACCUAGCAAUCUAUCCGUUCGCGAAUUAAUUAAUUGACAGGCAACAAAUACCGAAGGCUGCAAUUUGGAAGACUGGAAGUUGACUUUGCUCAUAGGAACCCGUUGCCAGGUUUGCAGCGUCAGUCACCACCUUGGGGGAGAAAUCACCCUCCCUCCUCCCGCCCACAAAUAUGGCUAUUUCCCAACCAGGCACAAAGGAGUCCUAAUCUUUCCUCCUUCCUUGUUUUGACUCCCAGGAGUUUCUCUCCCUCUCUAGUCUUUCCUCCCUUGCCUCUUCCUUCCCCACCUACCACCCACUUUCUUUCGCUGCUCCUCGGCUCUUUCUCCAAAGUGGGGCGCGUGUGAAGUCAUCACCGCAGCCCUCAGAGCACUAUCAGAAAGGCUCCAAGCCAGCUAGGCCACCCUCCCAGCCCUGCCCUAAGUUUCGUCACCUCAGUCCUCCCAGCCCAAGAGGACUUGUAAAAAAAAGUUCCGAAAGAGCUUGUCAUCAAGACUUCUCGAAAGAUCGGUUUUGGGGGGAAAGGGCGAUUGUUUUGGGAAAAUGGGUAGAUGUGGCACCUCUUCUAGGGAGUGUGACAUGGGGGGUGGGGAAGUUUUGGGGAAAUAUAUUUAUUAUUUCAUUUUACCUUGAGUCCAAGGAGUCUAGACUACAGUUAAAGCAGGAAUGGGGAGCCUGUGGCCUUGCAAAAUGUUUUUAGAGGCCAACUCCCAUCAUCCUUGAACAUUGACCAUUCUGGCUGGGACCGAGUUGAGAACCCAACAACAAUUGGAUGGCCACAGAUUCCCCCACUCCUACUUGGAAGAGGGGCAUUUUCCCCUUGCUUCGUCUGAACUCUUUGACCAUGUGUGGAAUUUAUGCAUUCUGCCUUCGUCUCAAGCAGGCACUUCUGCCUGAGGACGGCUUCCUCUUGGAAACAAUUUAUUUAUUUGGAAACAGAAGGAGAGGUGUACAUUCUCGGAAGUCCCAUCACAAUUCCAGAGAUGUCUUUUGCUGUGGUAACUCAAAGCAUGAACCGUACACAAGUUCAGAGGUGCAAAUGUUGUUUCUCCAUGUCUUCCCAGGCUGAGAUUAGGCUGGAAAAGAAAUGCGAUGACUGAAAGCUGACAAGCUUUGGCUCGGGUUAAAUCCUGGCUCAUUGUGAUGGAGCAACUCUGUAGAACGCUGAAGUCCCAGUUCUUCUGAGUUCUAGGCAACAGUGGUCUCUGGGUGUGGGGGUCUCUGCCUGGUACAGCGUGGAGCUCUUAGAAGCGCUAGCAGUUUGUAGAGCUACAACCCAAUUCCAAAAUUCUAUAUUAAGUACACCAAGUGGGUCUUUCCAGUCCUUCUUUUCCCUCUGACAUCUAUUCUACACACCACUCAAAAAGGAUUGAUGGGAGCUUCCAUGAUCAUCUCUAGAAAUGCAGUUGGGAAAAUAAGAGGCAUAGGCCACCUCUUGCCCCCUGUGCAUGAAAUUGGGGCCAUGGAUUGGGGCCAUGCCACCGAAUGUGUAUUUUAGAUGCUGGUACAUUGUCUUGGUUGAGAUCCACCUCCUCUUUGGCGUUCUAAGGUAGACAUGAUCUGGGAUAAGUGAGCACUCAACAUAGGAAGAUGCAUUAUAACAAAAGCAGACCACUGAUCCAUCUACCGCAGUAUUGCCCACACUGAUUGGCAGCGUCUCUCCAGGGUUUCAGGAAAAGGUAUUUCCCAACCCAAACUUGAGAAACCAGGGGUUGAACCUGGAACAUGCAAAGCAUGUGCUCCACCACAUGGACCAAGAAGGAGCGGUGACAACUCUCUCCAUUCAGGAGUCCAUGGUAGGGAUGUCUUCUGCCCGGACACUGAGGUCCAGCGCUGAGGGCCUUCUGGCGGUUCCCUCACUGCGAGAAGCCAAGUUACAGGGAACCAGGCAGAGGACCUUCUCGGUAGUGGCACCCGCCCUGUGGAAGGACCUCCCAUCAGAUGUCAAAGAGAACAACAACUACCAGACUUUUAGAAGACAUCUGAAGGCAGCCCUGUUUAGGGAAGCUUUUAAUGUUUGAUGCAUUACUGUAUUUUAAUAUUUUGUUGGAAGCCGCCCAGAGUGGCUGGGGAAGCCCAGCCAGAUGGGUGGGGUAUAAAUACUAAAUUAUUAUUAUUAUUAUUAUUAUUUCCACCCCAUACCCUGAUUUCAGAACACAGAGUGCCACAGAUGAAGCUCUCAGUCCUACCACACAGCUGUGAAACCUUUUCUUCUUUUUCAUUUUUCAUUCUCUCUUUAUUCUCAGGUGAAAAUCUGGUUCCAGAACCGAAGGUCCAAGUUCAAGAAACUGUACAAGAAUGGAGAGGUCCCCUUGGAACACAGUCCCAAUAACAGUGACUCCAUGGCUUGCAAUUCUCCGCCAUCUCCCACCCUCUGGGACAGUAACACCCACAACAACAAUAACAACAGCAGCAACAACAACCCAGCCGGCCGGAGCCAGCUCCCUCAGCCACUCUCCUAUAACUCCCCACCAAGCUACCUGGAGGAGCACAGCCCCUGGUACCAUCAUCAGAACCUGAGCGGGCCUCACUUACAGCAAGGACCUCCUCCCACUCCUGGCUCUAUGCAUCACCCAUCUCCAGGGCCUCCUCCCAAUCCUGGAGCGGUAUAUUAA